AAUAGUAUGAAAGAUUAUAUUUAUUACAUUCCUGGCUAUACUGGAUUUUGUCCAGAUCUACCUAAUCACUUUGGAGAAAGCUACGGCAAGGCUACGCAUCAGAUCAUCAGACAACGACCGAGAGAUCUUUUGAGAGAAAGGUUGUCUGAUGUGCGGUACGGGGAACGAAAGCGGGGAACGUACUAUAACGCAUACCAGGGUGAUCACUGGCACAACAGCAAGUACGUCGACUGCUGCAAGAAGUCCUGCUGCGAUUCCUGCUGCCGAAAAUGUCGAAGACGUGAUGAAUGCAUUUACAAACUUCCAAAAUACUCGAACAACAAGGGUUUCGGAAAAGGAAUGGCUGGACGACAGAAUUUUGUCUGUCCAACUUAUGUCUACGUUGAAGGAUAUGCAGGUCGAGAAUGCGAUGAAGAGGAGAUGUACUGUCCACCCUCACCUCGAAAAUGCUGUAUUCCACCUAAAAAGUCCCGACCUUGCUGCAACUCAUGUUGCGAUCGGAAAGUCAUGCAUCACAAACAAUAUGGAUCCAUGCAAGAUAAACAAAGUUAUACACCAGGUAUAAAAGUUAUGUUUGAUGCACCCUGUUUGGAAAAACUUUUCAAAAGACAACAUGAAAAACCAAAAAGCGGUCGCUGUUACUGCUGUUGCUGAAUGUGAUAAAUGACUUCCAAGCAGAAAUACUCACAGAAAGCUCGAGCAAUAGAAAUUUUGUAACUCUAAUCAUAUUAUUUUAAGCUAUCAAUUUUAGUAAAGCAUUAAAUUGAAAUAAGGAGACAGUAAAUAAUUGGCCUGAAAUUUGAACUAAACUGUGUACGUUAAAAAGCAAGUGAAACAUGAAUAAAAAUUAUCUACACUUAAUACAAG